GGUUAGUAUUACUAAUACUGUGCCGUUUGCAAGUCGGUAUGAGCUCCCGCAGUGAGCUUAACACGAGAUGUUUGGGUGGUGAAGGCGCUGCCAAUCCAGCCUCUUCUGGGGCUACAGGUGCUACGGAUGACGAAAGGAUUAAUAUUUUCAGGCUAUGUCGUCUUGUGCUGGAUAUUUUCCCCAAUGUGUUGAGAAUUAUAUUUAAGAAUGAAUUUCAACAGAAAUUUUGUUGUUCAUGG